AUGCUCAGCUUCCUCUUUGCCGGCCAUAGCAAUGACGAGGAUAGCUCAGUCUCUUUCUUCUUCUGGGACGGAGAUGAUGUGUUCUUCACUUCCUUGUCAUCCUCCUCACCUGGAUCUGGAGCCUUACCGAUGGUAUUCUUCUGGCUUGUCUUCCGCGGCCUUGGGUUCCAGGUCUUGAAAUCCUCACUCGCACCUUGGUCAGCCUUUUCCGGUGGAUUAAGGUUUGGGAGCAGAUCUAGUUUUUUGCUUGUUGACGGAAGUUUGGUUUUGAUUUUGAUUUUUCUUUUAGAUUUGGAUGUGGAUAAGCAGAUCUCACUUUUAAGUUCAGCAUGUGUUUUAUUUCUUUCUGCAGAUUCAGAAGGAUCUGCUGCCGCUGCAGUGGAGGAAUCGCCAGUAGGGCCUGAUUUCAUGGGGCGGCGGCGAGGGGUAUUUCUGGGCUUCGGUGGUUCAGAGAUGGCCCCAUUGGGUGAUCAAGGGAAGAGAACUUCUGCCAUGAGAGACAUCCAGCCGCGUCGCCGCACAAUAAAUCCAAGGGAAACUCAGUCGUCCUCUUUGUCCACCCCUCUCUCAGGAAAAUGUGAACCAGAUGAGAUCUGCUCGUCAUUAAGACCUGCGCUGCAGAAGGACCCAAAACUGGCAGAUGACAGUGACGAGGAAGUGAAGACUUGGAACCUGAGGCCGCGUAAGCUGAUCGCAAAGAAGAGAGUGCUGAGCAUUACGGUCCCUCUGAGUCAGAAGGAGAUCAAAGAAGAUAUAAUUUCUAUGACGGGAGGGAUGAGGCCGCCCGGGCGACCCAAGAAGAGGCCGAAGCACCUUCAGAAUCACAUAGAUAUUAUCUCGCCCGGAGGAUGUCUUGACGACAUUUCUGACGAUACAUAUAAGGUACUUUUAAACGAAAAAUUAUCCCUAUGUAAUCUAUAUAUAUUAAUGUAUCAGUCAACUUGAUCAAAUUUUGGUAAUUAGUUCAUUUGAUAUGAUUGUAUGAUGAUGAUUAUAUGUGCAGAUUUAGACGAAGCUAGUCUGGUGUAAGCUUAUACUUUGGGGGAUGUAAAAGGGUUUGAACACACUUCUAAAAUAGUAGAGAACUCUUGUUUAGGUUUGCAAAUUGUUGUUGUUGUUUAUU